AUGGAUAAAGAAAAUAAGGAAGUUACUUUUGAUAGGGACCCUGAAACUAGUGGAGGGAUAAGUAGUCCUAUUAUGAAAAAUAGAUUUGAGGCUCUUCUGGAUGAGGUAGUCGAAUUCCAAUAUGGCUCUGAGGAGAGUUCUGAUGUCCCUGAAUUCGUGGAUGCUACACCGCUAAUUAAUGAAGAUAUUGCCCCUACUGCUUCUUUUGAUGAUAAAGAGUUAAGUGAUCAGCAUUUCCUUCAAUCCUGUUGGGGAAGCAUGGUUGAGAAUGAGGAUGGUGAGGAAGAUUUUCUAGCCUAUUUUGAACCUCCCAUGGGUGUGCAAGGUUUCUCUUUGGUGAGAGGGGAAACCAAAAAGAACAAAUUAAAGUCUAAGAAUAUCUAUGAAACCAGAUCAAAGGUUAGCUUUGAUAAUGCCUUUAAUCAUUUCCAAGGAGCAAAGAGGAUUUAUGAAGGGGAGAAAUAUUAG